CCCCUCGUCUUCAUGUUGCAAACAUGCUUCCGAAGCAAUGAUAACAAAAUUACAAUAUGGAUUUAGAUAUAUUUGUGAAUCAUCAUAUUACUAUAUCUUUUCAUUUCAUGGUAUUCGUGUUUCGUUAAACACCAAAUUAAUUUCUUCCAAUUUCACAAAUUUAUCUCAUCACAAGAAUUCUGCCGCUUUCCGUCUGGGAACAAACACAAAAGUGGAAAGAGCGCUUCUCAGCCGCAAAGUAGCACUUUUAGUCCAACUCGAAAAAAGAAAAAAAAUAGAAGUAGUACUUUCAGUUAUCGAGCAAUUCUUCGCUUCGAUAACAAAUCUGAAUAAAGGAGUCCACGGCGGCGCAACCAUCCGAAGCCUACCACCGCCGCCAACCCCAGAAUGACGACGACCCCUCCUCUUCCCUUCGCGUCUGCCUCUCUGCAACGCUCCUCGGCGCCAAAACUGAGCUAUACUUAUGCCCCAAUCCACUCUUCAACCCAUCGCUCAUACCCAAUUUCAAGAAUCCGAAUGUGCGGGAUGUCGGCCACACCCGAAAAGAAAACGGGUCCCAAAAAGACCCGCAAGAAUAUCAGUUCCUCUCCCUCUUCAGAAACUGAAGAAUUGGUUCGAUCAAUCGUGAGGAAUAUCUCCGAUAAGCAACCGUUGCUGAAAACUCUCAAUAAAUAUGUUCAGUUUGUGCGCACUGAACACUGUUUCUUGCUGUUUGAGGAGCUUGGGAAGAGCGAAAGGUGGCUUCAGUGCCUUGAGGUAUUCAGAUGGAUGCAGAAGCAGAGAUGGUAUAUAGCUGACAAUGGGGUUUACUCAAAGUUGAUUUCUGUGAUGGGAAAGAAAGGGCAGAGUCGAAUGGCGAUGUGGCUUUUCUCUGAGAUGCGCAAUAGCGGCUGUAAGCCUGAUACAUCGGUCUACAAUGCUCUGAUCACAGCCCAUCUCCAUUCUCGGGAUAAGGCCAAGGCGUUGGCCAAGGCCGUAUCGUAUUUUGAGAAGAUGAAGGGGAUGGAGCGGUGUAAGCCGAGCAUUGUCACAUACAACAUCCUUCUGAGAGCUUUCGCUCAGGCAAAAAAUGUUGAUCAAGUCAAUGCCUUGUUUAAAGAUCUUGAUGAGAGCAUUGUUAGUGCUGACACCUUCACAUUUAAUGGGGUGAUGGAUGCUUAUGGGAAGCUAGGGAUGAUUAGGGAGAUGGAGCUGGUUCUUGCUCGAAUGAAGAGUAAGAAGAUAAAGCCUGACAUCAUCACAUUCAAUCUGUUGAUUGAUGCGUAUGGGAGGAAGCAAGAAUUUGAUAAGAUGGAGCAAGUGUUUAAGAGCUUGCUCCGCUCCAAGGAGAAACCAACGCUUCCUACAUUUAAUUCCAUGAUCACAAACUAUGGGAAGGCGCGGCUGAGGGAGAAGGCGGAUUCGGUCUACCAGAAAAUGAUAGAGAUGGACUAUAAACCAAGCUUCAUUACUUAUGAGUGUCUCAUUAUGAUGUAUGGAUACUGUGAUUAUGUGUCGAGGGCUAGGGAGAUAUUUGACCAGAUGGUUGAGUCAGGAAGGGAGAAAAAAGUGUCAACUUUGAAUUCCAUGCUUGAUGUCUACUGCAAGAAUUCUCUGCCUAUGGAGGCAGACAUGCUUUUUGAGAGCGCACGUGCUUCUCGAAUGCUCCCUGUUGAUUCAACUACUUACAAGCUCUUAUACAAGGCUUAUACGAAAGCGGAUAUGAAAGAGCUGGUGGAAAAAUUGCUCAUGUGUAUGGAUAAAGAUGGCAUCAUUCCUAAUAAAAAGUUCUUUCUCAAUUCUCUGGGGGCACUUGAGUCUUCUUCUCCCAGCAAGAAGCUCGUCAGCAGGAAAGACAAGUUGCCCACUGGUAAGCCUCAGCUAGGUGGAGGUGAAGGUACGAGCAGUUGGUUCUUUAAGAGUUGCAUUCGUUGUAAAAUGCAAUUGGUGAAUAUGUUGUGGUAGAGACAUAAUGUUCCAUUUCUUGCCAAUUUUGAUCACAGCUCUUUACGAGUAACUUAUUCAAAAUUGGUGGCUUAGAGCUUUUGUGAAUAAAUAUGUUAUGAUAGAUAUCAUCAUGGAACUGAGCUACAUUUACCUAGAAUUAAGAAUAUAGAGAUAAAAGGAGAUUUUCUUUUCAUCCUUUCUUGUUACAUAAUUAUGACAAACACAUACAUUGAUGCAUUGUAGAAGGCUGGUCUAGUUUCUUUUCAUUUCGAUUGCUAAACCAUUUGUUGAGUUAUGCUGUUUCUGUUUGCAGUUGUUAAAGCCACAGAUGUUAGAGAAUUUUCUGUUGGUGGCUGUUGAUGCAGCUAUUUGGCUUAGAAGUGCCGUGAAACCCCUAUCGAGUUUUGGAUGCUUGCUUUCCAAUUUUUCGUUGUCUUCAUGCCCCCAUGAGAGGUAGGUGGUAGCUAUUAUGGUGCGCAUUUUUUUUCCACAUGUAACACAAAUUACAAACCCAUAUGUAGCGCUUUGAUGGUGAUCUAAGAAUAAGCUGACUCAAUUGCACAUCUGUAGGAAAUGAAGCCGUGCAUCCUCCAGUUGUGACUUAUCCAUCUGAGAUCGAUGGUAUUUCACUGCCGGCUUUUGGCCUCGCCUCAUACAAACAUAAAGUUUCACUAUGGACUCCGAAUGCAGGAAAUCAUUGGGAAUUGGCAAAUUCUCUCUUGCAAGCUUCUGAUAAUUGGCUAAAACUACUCCACGUCAAUCACCCGGAUUUCUCCUUCUUCUGCCGUAGGUAAACUUGGUUGUCGUCUCCUUCUUCUUCAACCCUUCAUAAACAUGAUGCUACUGGUGCAUUAGAUUCUAAAUCGAGGGGAGAAAAAGGGAUGCGCUUCAGAGUGUUUUUGAUGGCGGAAUAAGAUAAGAUUUAGCGGUGAUGCAAAAACAAAAUGUUUUAGCAGGAUUGGAAACUGCGCUGAUGCUCUGUUUGUAUUAUAGAAGAAACUGUGUUUUUUCUAACCUUGGCUAUAUGUUGUAGAGAAAUUGUUAUCAAAUGUUGAGUUUAGUUCAAAUUAGUAGACGAAUGGAGUGUAGUGUUGUUGCAUUCUCUUUGCAAUCUGAUGCUUCGCUGUGAACCUACAAUACAUUUAACAUCCUCGAUAUUUUCUAUUCAGAAAGUGGUUGGAUUGAAUGUUGCAUCUCGUUUUUUAAGUUGUCUGCCUCAACUCAAGCUUAUUGCCACUACAGUAGUACCCCAAUUUCAGUAAUACAUAAUUUUUGUAUUUGAAAUUGAAUUUCUCAAAUCUGAAACUCUUAUCUUCAUCAAGACUUAUGAAAAUUAAAUCGCAAAUCUUCGGCAAGUUGCCAAACUUGAAUUCUCCUCUUAAGAUGAGAUAUAGAGAUUGGAACAUCAAGAAUUUAGUGUUCCAAGUAUCGAAAAGUCACACCCCACCGUUUACUCGUUAACGUCACUUGUCUCAUAUUUCAAACUACAAUUUGUCAGUAUUCAAUAAUUCAAAGAAGAGUCUAAAAACUUUCCACAAUUCCUCAUUAAGAGAGAGAGAGAUAUAGUAAAAUGCAGCUUCAUAUAUUACCAGAAUUACACACCAAAGUUCCAAGCAGGAAACAUGGCAUUGACACAGACACUAGUACUUCUCAAGUAACAGACCACACUCAUGAUCAUAGAAAUAAAUUAUGUAUAUAGAUGAGACAUAUGAAACUAUAAUAUGGAGCAUAGUAGAACCACAAUUUGUCUCAACGGGGACAUAUAAGUAGUACGUAAUAAAACAUGUGACAGUUGAAUAAAAGUAGUAAGUCAUUGAUUCAGCAUUUAGGGUAGGGAAUGUGACAAGCACUGGAAACUUUCUUUGCACCAGGAGACUUAAUGAACUUCUGUAGAUUGGGAUUCCUCAUGUACUGGCACAGACAUGGCCUCUGCUCCUUCAGCUUGGCGCAGCAGGCGCCGCUGGGCUUCCCCGACGACGUGAUCGCCGAUGCGCAGGGGCUCAGCUGCAGCGGGUUGCAGGUCACGCCGCUCGCCACCUCUACUUGGGCAACAACUAGUAUUGCUACUGCAAGAAUUGCUAGGCAUGCUGUUUUGGUGCUCAUUUUUUGGUUUGUUUGUUUUGUGUUUUGUAAGUCGUGUGUGUGUUUAUGGGGUUGGAUGUGAGAGAGAGUGUGUGUGUAUGUUGGAUGU